GUUCGAGAUGAAGCGUUACAGCAUCCUGGGUGAAGAGAAAAAUUCCCGGGGACGUCGCAGGUCCAAGAAGUGCGAACCGCGAUUCCUUUGCUUAAGCGACCCCGAGACCGCCGAAUGUUUCGAAGGGGUACAGCCGAACCUCGCGAAACUGAAGCGGUACGGUGAAGCUUCGAUGGAUCAGUGGUCAAGCUCCGGGACAUGUUUCGCUGUGGAAUCGGCUCCAGCGAGCUUUUCGAGGCUGGUGCAGUUGUCGUCCCUCCCAGAUCUACCCAUUCUUCACGAUCAGAAGGAGAAAACGGAAGACUUGGGUGAGGAACGUCUCAUCGAAUACAGCAGCGACGCGGAUGACAUGCCGCUCAGCCCGUGCGCUGAUGAUCUCUUCUUUAAACUCGACGGGGAAAUUACUGAGAGCGGCUUCGACCUAAACGAAGGAGCUGAAGAGGAUUACGAAGUACCGGCUUGUGAACCCUCGGAGGAUUCUAGAUAUGACACUCUUAUAUCGGCGCCGGGUAUAUUGGCGGAGAAGCUGUACAUAGCCUACACAAAACGAGCUAAAAGGUAUGAUAUUCGACAAAUGAAAAACGCAUUUUGGGAUGUUCUGACGGAUGGGGAACCGUCUGUACAGAUGAGGGGUGCAAAAGCCUUCGCUGGCAUGUAUGCGACGGCGCUUCCGAAGCUAAGCAGGACGAACCAAGAGAAUAUAUCCCUGCCGGUGGCAUUUGUUGCGACUUUGAUGCUGAGCUCAGAAAAACAUCUCGAGCUGACUCGGAUCGAGAACACAUCCGAUUUCUCUGUCAGCCAAGCUCCCGAGCCAACUGGAGGCGGCGCGAUUUGAAGAUGAGCCUCGAGGUCUGGUCUUUGUGUGGUCGACUAUCCAUUAUUGUAUACCGGACUGUAACUAGAAUCUCGCUCCCCUGGGGAUGGCUCGACCUGAAGGUCUCGAUCCCAUGCAGUGCGAACUAGGUAGCUGUUCCGAUAGAGAUUUCCCCGGCACAUUGGGAAGGGAGUAGUCUCGAUACGCUGAGCGGCUCUGCCCGCAUUAACUGUUGAGAUUUUGUGAAUUUAAUUCGAAUCUUGAGUCGUCAUCAUGAGAUCGCCGUAAACUGCAUCGUUAAACUCACCAGUGGCCUCUCGGAUAUAAUUUAAUAUAUUAUACAUACAUGUAUAUUUACAGAAUAACAUGAGAAGAUG